GUAGGCGCUGCAGCGGCGGCCCGUCGGCCUUCGGGGGGGGGGGCUGAAGAUGGCUAAGAAAAAGAGAAAGGGGGAAGGGGAGGGCGCAAAGGAGGCCUUCGUGCCGGUUAAGGACGACGACCAGCGCGAGGCAAUUUGUCGGUGCUGCAUAUUCAAGUAUCUGACGAAGGGUCAGACGCUGGAGAGUUGCAAGGGCGACUUCAAGAUGAAGUGCCGGUUGUGCGACAAACCACCUUUCCAGGGCAGUCAGGCGCUGGGGGCUGAGCACUUCACGAAGGGUAGGUGCCCGAGGGUGACACCAGAGGUCCUCGUCGACAUUUGGAAUACCACACAAUACACUUUCGACCAGCGGCGAGAGAGACAGGUGCGGGAUUAUAUGGAGUAUCGUGGCAUCCGGAAAAACAGAGAGGUGGGAGUUGGAGUGCCGGAGGAUGACGAGGUGCAGGAUGUUUUGGACAGGGAGGGGGCGGACGACGAGGGAGGACAGUGUGGUGGCGAGGACGAUGAGAUGGGCGCAGGGGCGGAGGGUGAGGGCGAGGGAACGAAGGAGGACGGCGGUGAGGACGAUGUGCAGGAGUUAGGUGCGUCCCUUCAGGGGGGAUCAUUGAAGGCACGACGCACUGCUCAUUUGACAAGAACUUGUGCACCUAUGGAUGGCCGUAAGAAGAGGAGGGCGGACACCGCUCCUGCGGCACGUAUUCCGGAACCGAAACGCUUAAAGCAGGUCAGAUUGGAUGAGAUGUACGACCCGGAGUGGCAGACCACCUUCGACCAUCUCUUCCUACAGCGGUGGUAUACUGGCGGUGUCCCAUUUGAGAGGGCGAGGAUGCCCGAGUACAGGGCCAUCACGGGACAUCUGCAGAAUAUGCCCCGGGGCAUGAAGCCUACUUUGCCCCAGUUCGAGCGCAUAGCAGGCAGUGGCAUACAGGAGGAGCGUGCAUACAUAGUUGAUAAGCUACGUGACAUACGCGCGCAGAUGCAGCACACAGGGGCUACCAUCCUCACGGAUGGGAGGAAGUCCCUGAACUCUGAGUCCAUCGUGAACUUCCUGGCAGCAGGACAGUUGGGCGCCUUCCUUUUCACGACGGUGUUCGAGAAGUUCGGCGCGAAGAACAUCAACGCCAUCUGCACAGACUCUGCAUCAGUUUAUAUUGCCGCCGGUCGAGCGAUUUGCAACGAUCCCGAUCCAGAUAUCCGUCGCAUCCCUUGGCUCCCUUGUUCUAUCCAUUGCUGCAACUUGAUGUUGUCAGACAUGGUAAAGGAUAAGACAUGGGCCAUCGAGUUGUUGACCACGGCGAGGGCGGUUGUCCGAUUCAUUAGAUCUCACGGAUCGGCUCUCGCGUUGUUCAGGAGUUAUAGCGCGAGGGCCGAUCGCGAUGCACGGGCGGACCGUUUGGGUGGCAGCGCCGCGGGCGGAGAGGGGACAGUAGGCAGACCACGACGCGGCCGAGAGUUGUUGUACCCUUGCCAGACGCGAUUCGCGUCUAUGUACAUCAUGAUGGAGAGGUUGCGCGACCGCAUGGUUCCACUUGAGACGAUGAUGUUGGAGGGGGAUUGGGCGCGACUUCCAUGGGAGAGGAGGCUGCUCGGGCAGGCCGGGUGGGUGCGCACACAAGUGCAAUGCGGGUUGUUUUGGGAGGAGAUGGAUGAUCUCAUCGACGUCUUCACCCCGGUCGUGCAGUUGUUGAGGAUGUUGGACCAGGGGGGUUUGGUGAUCUCUUGCAUCUUCCGGUGGGUGACCCAGUUGGCCGAGGAGAUUCGGAAGUUGGAGUUCACUAGACCUCGCCUGGUUGGCAUGCUGCAGGAUUGUUACGCUCGUGCAUGCCAUGUGCUCGAGCCCGCCUAUGCUGCCGCCCAUCUUCUCAAUCCCAAGAGGCGGAACUUCGUUUACUUCCUGUCUCCGAGGCGCAGCGAUCAGCAGAAGAAGGUGGCGGAGAUGACACUUGAGUACAUCUACACGAAGACGGUCUUCGACCGGCAGGGAGACAGGUACAAGUUGGUCCGUCGGCAGUUGUACGACUUCCACGCGUGCGGGCCGAGGUAUGAUUGGGGUGGAGAUGCAGGCACUGGAGACGAGGACACGUGCGAGGGGCCGGAAGAGACACAGGCCAUUGCUGAUUGGUGGGUUUUGCACGACAACUGUGCCCCUAGGCUUUAUACCAUCGCCACACGUCUGAUGUACACGUGGGUCUACGCCUCUCCUGCGGAGAGGAACUGGGCGUUGCACGAGCGUAUCCACGAGAAGCGCCGCAACGGGUUGGACUUCACGAAGCUGACUGAAAUGGUGGAGAUAUCAGGUACUCUGCCGCCGGGGUCAUUGACGGACGAGGAGAUCGCGCGCCAGGCCCGCAGGAUGCAGCGUGCCUCGACGGUUCGCCACCCCCCUGCGGUUCAGACUAUGUUUGGUCGUCGUGCAGCUCAUAUCGAGCUGUACCACGAGGAGAUCGAGUACGAUCCACCCACAGACCCACAUGCUGCAGACGAGAUGGAGGCAGAGCCGUGGACGGACCCGGAGGAAUUGGAGCAGAGAGGUAGUGACACACCUGAUGCUGGUGACGUGUCCGGCGGAGAGAGUGAUCAUGAGGCUGCCAGUGAUAUGGGAGUGCGACGGCGAGAGGGCGCAAGCAGACAGGUCAUGCGAUCGUCGAGCGAGGACAAGGGAGGUGACGACGGAGCUGCCACCGAUGAUGAGGACUCCGACGUCGAGAGAGAGGGACACGACCAGGACAGAGGAGAUGGGGACGAGCAUGGAUUCGACGGCGGUGACGGCAGUGGGCCGUUUGAGGACGGAGCGGGUGGCGCCUUCCUUGUUACUCCUGGCCCCAGUGCAGUGGGCGGGGGCAGUAGUGGCGGACAUGGAUUUGGUUUGGAGGUACCGCAGGGAUCAAUUCCCUCAGGCAUUUUCAGUGACGGCUUCGACCUUGGACGUCCACCCACUUCAGAUGCUCGGUGCGGCGGGGUGCGUGUUCAGACACCGGUGAGCGAAGUCGCACACCUCAUAGGGUCGGUUUUUGGUGGUGCUAGUUCGGGGUUGUUGACAGAGGCUGCCAGAGCGCCAGGCGAGAUACAGGAGGGAAGGACUAGUGACGAAGUCGAUCAUGUUGCCAAGAGGCUAGAUAUGGACCCCGAGGACGUGCUUGAGGAGGAGCGUUCGCCGUUUGGCACGGAUGAUGUUGCAGAUGGUGGAGGACUCUGCACAGAGGGACACGUGGUGGAUCGUGCGGGCGACCACCCGGACGACGCGAGGGUAGGGUUGGGUGGUUUAUGUGGGGCCAAAGACAUGGUACUACCCACUACUGAUGAGGCGGACGGGGGCGACGGUGCGGCCACGACAGACGCAGGGGGGUUGCUUGGGUGCGAUGGCACGGAGGUGGAAGGGCAGGUGGAUAAAGCACUUGUCGGCGUUGCCGUUGCCACAAUGGAGGAUGUGGUCGCAGAUCACACUCAGGAUGGUCUUGUCGCGGUGGAUGCUAUGGUUGCACAUCGCAACGAGGAGGAGCGACAGAUGGACCCUGGGGACAUUGUUGCAGACCCCGUAGAGGCACACGUGCCCACCAUGCUCCCACUCGAGCGCCACACUGAUGGGAUUGAUCCAAUGAUGGGCAGGAACAGGCAUAUAUCGAAGAGGCUUUGGAAGGUUGUGCCUCCAUCUUCUUUCGUGCCUGUUAGUCCGCCAGCACCCUCGGGGGUAUCGGGGGAUAUUGGGAAGUCUAUGGAGAUGGCCGACUUGUUCGAGCAGUUGACAGGUCAAAGGGUUAUCGAGUUGGGAAGGGUAUCAUGGGGAGCAGGGCCAGUUGCUGCAGGGACACGACCGGCAUGUGCAGGGGCGGUGAGUGGACGGGGAGGUGAGUCUGGUGGCAGUGUUGUGGGCGGGGGAGGUGGUCCCGCAGUUGGCGGUGGACUGUCGAGCCUUUCGGGCGGGAGUGUUGGUUGGGGAGAAGGUUCUGCUGCGCCGGCGACGGCAGGAGGGCGCGGGCAGGUGCAGGGUUCUCCAUCACCUUCAUCGAAGGCGAAGGGGAAGUCCGUAUCGUGGAGCGACAUCAGCAGGGUCACCCGCAAACUCAAGGAUGCUAUGUCUGGGGUCACGGGUGAGAGGAGGGAUCGUGAGGGGAGGUUUACAGAGAUGUUUGCGGACGCAGCAGGUUGGGUACGGAAGGGAGAUAGGUUGGAGCAUCCUGGUGCCGGGUCGUCGUGUGCUGCAGAUCGACGGGGCAGCACGAUGGUUGCACCGCUGUCAUGACCGCCCACAGCAGGUGCGGCACAGCGAGAUGGUCAUCGACGUCCGAAAAGGCGAUCUUCCACACGUGCGUUGCCAGGUGCCCGA